AUGAGACUUCAGCUUCUCAGCAACGUGCUCUUACUAGGUGGCACUCUUGUCAAUGCCCUAGACCUUGCCACAGCGAGGGCCAAGGGCAUCAUUCCGAGAAGCCUAAAAUCCCACGACAAGAUUCGACAGCACCCUCGAGAUGUACAACACAGAGUGAGCUACAUCUGGAACGGGGGCGAAGUCGCCGGACCACGCUUUGCCUCCGUAACUGCGGAGGUUGUGAUCCCAAACAUCACAUUCCCCUAUGGCUACAACUCCACCGCAUACUACAGCUCGUCCGUCUGGGUCGGUAUCGGCGGCGAUCAAAACACGUGCGAUGACCCUGCAAGGGUCUACGAUGGAGGGAUCAUCCAGGGAGGCUACUACUACCUAUACGAUAAAGAGGGUGAUUUUGGUGUCUUUGCAUUCUACGAAUGGUGGCCCAACCCACCCAUCUUUUUAGAUGACACCCAGGGUAUCUGGACUGAUAUCGGGGAUCAUGUGCGCAUGACGGUGACACAAAAGGACAACACUACGGGCGCAUUUACUUGGGAGAAUUUCACCCAAAACAAGAAAUUCGAGAUCGAUCUAACCGCACCGGCAAACGGCACUCUUUGCACAAACCACGCAGAGUGGAUCGUCGAGAGCUUCAUGACACCUCAAGAUCCUGACUCUUACUUUCCCGAUUUUGGAGAGCUGACGUUUCACAAAGUCAAAGCGGUUUCGGAACAGGGCAAGAAGGCAUCGCUGGCUGAUGGUUAUACCAUCGCUGCUGAGCCGAAGCUAGGCAGUGGUAGGCAGUUGACGAGCUGUAAUAUGGUGGAUUCGGAAACUACCACGUGCAAGUGGCUUGGGUAUAAGGGCAUUUUUGACUAG